GCUUUCGAGAAGCGCGUCUAUAUCUGCGCUUUCCCUCAUCUGCCUAUCGAGCUCACCAAGAACGAGAUUGAUCGCUUCCUUGCUGAUCCCGAAAGGAACGCCAGGAUGUGUCCUGAGAUGUUGGCGCUGAUUUUCGCUGCCAUAGCGUUAGGCGCCCAGCACUCCGUUUGGGACAAGUGUGGUGGAACGUGGGAAGCUGAAUCAGUAGAUGCGGAGGCGCAAAGAGGUAACGUCUAUAGUACGUAUUCCCAUGCCAUUGCUCAACGGUACUGAUUAUUUUCAAGUUGCGGCUGCGAUGCAAGCUUUACGUCUCUCAUCAUGCAUGCACAAAUCGUCGCUGUUGGCUAUUGAGACACUCAUUAUGAUUGGACCGUUCUUGUCUAAUUCUGGUCGCUUCUUGGACGCAUGGACGCUCUUUGGUACUACCAUUCGAUUGGCCCAGGCAAUUGGUCUCCAUCGUCACCCGAAAUAUCUUGAUCCAGCUCCGCCUACACAAAGUGAAUGUGCGAUUCGGCAAACUCUCUGGUGGUGGAUGCUUCACAUGGACGAGCAGUACUCAAUGACUUUGGGACGUCCGUUGGGGAUAAGCGGUAUAGGAGACUGCCCACCUCCACAUGAACUAACCACAGAUCCGCGCAUGCUACGAUUUGGAGAAUUCAUCAACCACUUCACCAUUCUGGCCAGACAGAUUCUAAGCAGCGAUCAAUUGUCAAACGCAAAGAUUGACGGGUUCACGGAUCAGCUGAGUGCGCUCCUAGAUACCAUGCCCGAGAUGCUCCAAUUCGACGAAACCUGGUUGGACAAAGAGAAGGAUCUUCCCGAGUGGCCCCUGAGCAUCAUGGCUGCUGGUACGUGACUCUACACUAACAGCAGUAUUUUGAUCAAUGCUCACCUUUCGAAGUCUACUACUGCAAAACGCACACAUGCCUCAUCCUUCUGAAUCGCCAAAGAAGUGACAAGCUGGCGACCCCUCAUGGAUCCGCCACCAAGCUUCCUUCAUCGUUCCGACCAGUUAACAAGACACCGUCUUCACCCCCUUCGCCAACGACACCCUCACCGAGUCUGCAACGGGGCAGACCUCUAGUACUUGCAUCUUCUGCGGGGAUCCUGACAGCUUACUUGUACUUCUA